UUGCAGGAAGAAGGCCGAGGACAUCAGGCUUUCGAAGGAGCCACUAAGGUACGGGAAAAGCCUCCUUCACUUCUUGACCCAACUGACUACUCAGCAGCAGCUUGGCUUGUUGCCUGCUCCGAACAGCGAAAUCGCGCUGAUCUCUGGCAGCGUACAGUCGCUGCUGUCUUUCUCACUUACUGUCUCUCGCUUGGUGGCUAUCCCAUGGAUUGGUUCGAUGAAUCACCAGAUUUCUAUACAGCACCCUCACUAACUAAGCGUCCAAAUCGUCUUCCUGCUAGCUGGGUUGCCGCUUGCAUUCUCUAUCACCUUCAAUCUGUGUCAGCUAAUGGUCACAGCUACUCAGAAGAAGUCUUUGUCUCUUUGAAUAAUCUCGGAGCAGUGCAACCACAGCACAUUGUUUCUUGUCUCUAUCCGACUCUGUCGCUUGUCAAUCAUUCGUGUGAUCCUAAUACUUUUCGCGUGUGUACCGGGGGAGGGGCAUCGUGUUUCAUAGCUGCUCUACGACCUUUACCAGCUGGAACUGAAAUCCUCGACUGCUACACUGAUUGCUUCUCUAUAGCUUCAAAAGAGGAACGUCAGAAAGAGCUGACCUCUCACUAUUUGUUUCAGUGUGCCUGUAAGGCUUGUACUGAAGACUGGCCGGGAUUUCUUGACGUCAGGAUGGUAGCUAUGAGGGCGCUGAAGUGUCCUCAGUGUAAAGAGGUAUUCACUCUACCUGCUAGAAGGUGUUCGCAUUGUAAAUCACCAAAAGCUGUGGUAUUGUAUGAGAGACUGACAAAUGUUGUGCUUCCAAAGCAAUUUGAACUGGUAGAACGUGGUGUGGUAAAUGGAGGAAGUGUGAAAGCAGCGAAAAAACUUCUGGAAGAUAUGAAUGCUCUGAUCGAGAGACCUAAUUUUGUGUAUGAUAGGGCUCAAGAAAUGUUUAAAAUGGCGGUUGAUUUUACUCAUGGUAUUUGGGCUCUUGAACCCUGGGCUUGA